AUGGUACUCCUUCCUCAAGACGCCUGUGUUUGCCAAGAUGCAAACCACCAUGUAGGCAACGAUGAGCAUCAAAAUCACCCCAGACAUCUCCUCUUCUCUACUACCAAACCAUACAAUUUCCGCACCAUCGACUGUGAAACGCCUACUGAUGGUUUAACGGCGAGCAUUCCUUUACCAUUUAAAGCCAACCCUAAAAAUAUGUCGAUCUUAACAUCUUUGCAUGGAUUGUUAUGCGUAGGUCAAUUUGGGUUGUAUCAUAACUCUUUUGACGAUAACUACAAGCUUCUCCGUGAAACAAACCAUCCCAAAAUUUACAUAUACUCGUUGAAAUCCGACACAUGGAUAAAGAUCGAGCCAACAGACGACAAACAAAACGUCUCCAACUGGUUUACAUUUGGUAGGGAGCCAGUUCCUGUUUUUCUGAAUGAAAAACUCUAUUUCUUAUAUGAAGUAAGUAGAAGAAUCUAUGGUCGACGGUCAUAUUCAUUUUUGAGGUUCGACACAAAGACCAAAAAGUUCACAGAGAUAGCAGCUCCCUCUUUAGGGAAUCAUAUCAUUAGAACAUGUUUGAAUCUUACGGUUCUAAGAGGCUGCAUGCACUUUUGUGUCGCCCUUUUAGUUAAGAAAGGAAUUUAUGCUCAAACAAUGUUCGAGUUGUGGAGAAUGGAUGAAGAUGGAUAUUGGAUGAAGAUGGUAAGUACUUGCAACUACAAGAAUAAAGACCAAUAG